CUCCGCCAUCUUCGCGGCUGCUGCUACAGCUGCAGCUACUCCGCCACCGCCGCGCGCAGCCAGGAAACCACGACGGACGGGAGAACCAUGUGUGCUGAGUACUGCGUCUCCUUUGCUGAUGUUAAAAAAGCUCAUACCAACAUUCAAGAUCUUAUCCACCUCACCCCAGUCCUAACAAGCUCCAUUUUGAAUCAAGUAACAGGGCGCAAUCUUUUCUUCAAAUGUGAACUCUUCCAGAAAACUGGAUCUUUUAAGAUUCGUGGUGCCCUUAAUGCAAUCAGAGGCUUGAUUCCUGCCACUUCAGAAGGGAAGCCCAAAGCUGUUGUUACUCACAGCAGUGGAAACCAUGGCCAGGCCCUCACCUAUGCUGCCAAAUUGGAAGGGAUUCCUGCUUAUAUUGUGGUGCCCCACACAGCUCCCAACUGUAAAAAAUUGGCAAUAAAAGCCUAUGGAGCCUCUAUAGUAUACAGUGAACACAGUGAUGAGUCCAGAGAAAAUGUUACAAAAAGAAUUAUGGAAGAAACAGAAGGCAUCAUGAUACAUCCCAGCCAGGAGCCUGCAGUGAUAGCUGGGCAAGGGACAAUUGCCCUGGAAGUGCUGAACCAGGUUCCCUUGGUGGAUGCAAUGGUGGUACCUGUAGGGGGAGGAGGAAUGGUUGCUGGAAUAGCAAUUACAGUUAAGGCUCUGAGACCUAGUGUGAAAGUAUAUGCUGCUGAACCCUUGAAUGCAGAUGACUGCCACCAGUCCAAAUUGAAAGGGGAACUGACCCCCAAUCCUUAUCCUCCAGAAACCAUAGCCGAUGGUGUCAAGUGCAGCAUUGGCGUAAACACCUGGCCUAUUAUAAGAGACCUUGUGGAUGAUGUCUUCACUGUCACAGAAGACGAAAUUAAGUAUGCAACCCAGCUGGUGUGGGAGAGGAUGAAACUACUCAUUGAACCUACAGCUGGUGUUGGAAUGGCUGCUGUGCUGUCUCAGCAUUUUCAAACCAUUUCCCCAGAAGUAAAGAACAUUUGUGUUGUGCUCAGUGGUGGAAAUGUAGAUUUAUCCUCCCUAACUUGGGUGAAGCAGGCUGAAAGGUCAGCUUCUUCUCAAUCUGAUGCUGUUUAAUUUAUGCAAAAGAUGGGUUUCAGUGUCU